AUGCAACUGGGCCGCGGACCACAGGUUGAAAACCACUGGCCUACAGAUAAGGGCCGGUUCAGGAUCAACCUCUCAGGAACAGGAUUAAAGGUGGCAGAUAACACUAAGUGGAUUUCCCAAGGGAACUAUGCCAUGGCUGACAUACACAGGUCUCGGGAUGGCAGUAGAGUUUCUAGGAUUUGUGGUGGUAAUUGUGGAAAAUGCACUCCCUCCUCCAUCUCUGGACUUGUUGUUGAAGUUUCAUGAUGCAAGUGGUCAGAACAGCAGGAGUGUGUAUGUUCUAUUUCUAUAUAUUACUGUCGAUUUUAAUUUCUUUGAAGUUUUAGUGGGUCUCAUGUCUAUGGUGCUAAAGAAAACAAACUUUUUUUUUUAAUUUAAAUUUUUAUAAGAUUCUACACUUGUUUUAAAAAUGUUAUGUGUAUUAUUUCUUAGGUGCCAUACAAUUCAGUUGUGAGCCAUACAAUGUUUUGAGACACCAGUAUACCUUCUUGGCAUCUAUAUUACUAUACUACUGUUCAAAAGUAGUAUAGUUUGUUUGUUUUUAAGUCUCCUAUCUUCUCACCAAAGCUGCAUUUAUUCGAUCAAAAAUGCA